AUGGGCAUCUUAAGGAAAGUAAAAAAAACCAGCCCUGGUCGCUUCUCCAACGCUACCUUGGUCCGGCUAUCGGACUAUUUGAGCGAUGGGUACCGUAAGGGAGUCCGUCCCGUGAGAGACUGGCGGAAAUCGACUACCGUGUCCAUCGACCUAAUGGUGUAUGCCAUUCUUAGCGUGGAUGAGAAGAAUCAAGUUCUGACUACAUACAUAUGGUACAGGCAGCAAUGGCUGGACGAGUUCCUCCAAUGGAACCCCGGGGACUUCGAUGACAUCACACAGGUGUCCAUCCCCACUGCCUCCAUCUGGAUACCAGAUAUACUCAUCAAUGAGUUCGUGGAUGUGGGGAAGUCCCCGGUGAUCCCGUUUGUGUACGUGCGGAACGACGGCCUGGUGAGGAACUACAGGCCCAUCCAGGUGGUGACAGCCUGCAGCCUCAACAUCUACAACUUCCCCUUCGACGUGCAGAACUGCAGCCUCACCUUCCAGAGCUGGCUGCACACCGUUAAUGACAUCAACAUCUCGCUGAUCAGAACGGCGGAGGAAGUGAUGUUCGAUAAAAACGUCUUCAUGAACCAGGGGGAGUGGGAGCUGCUUCACAUCCUCUCCCAGUACAACUCCUUCAGCAUCGACGACCAUGACCACUACGCCGAAAUCAAGUUCCACCUGGUGAUCCGACGGCGGCCGCUGUUCUACACGGUCAGCCUGCUGUUGCCCAGCGUGUUCCUCAUGGUCAUGGACAUCGUGGGGUUCUACCUGCCCCCGGACAGCGGGGAGAGGGUGUCCUUUAAGAUCACCCUGCUCCUCGGGUACUCCGUGUUCCUCAUCAUCGUCUCCGACACCCUGCCGGCCACCGCCAUCGGGACGCCCCUCAUCGGCGUGUACUUUGUGGUGUGCAUGGCGCUGCUGGUGAUCAGCCUGACGGAGACGGUGCUGAUCGUGCGGUUGGUGCACAAGCAGGACCUGCAGCCGCACGUCCCUGAGUGGGUGAAACGCCUGGUCCUCCAGAGGGCCACCGCCCUGCUCUGUAUCCGCAACAAACAGCGCAAGUUCGGCCCCACCUCGCCCUGCCCGCCAGACUCCUCCAGCAUCAACGACAGCCACGCAAACACGGACAGGCAUCGUCACCACGGCAGGGAGAGAGGGCGAGACGUGGAAAAGGGGGUGGGACCGGGGCCGGUCCUGGCGGUCAGGGACAGCGGGACGGUCCUGGAGAACGUCCUGCACGAGGUCAGCUCCAUCCGGCGCUUCCUGGAGAGACGCGAGCAGUACCGCGACAUCGCGCGCGAGUGGCUGCAGGUGGGCUACGUGCUGGACGUGCUGCUGUUCCGCAUCUACCUGGCAGCCAUGUUGGCCUACAGCCUCACCCUCGGCACCCUGUGGUCCGUCUGGCAGUACGCCUGA